CACUGAGAUCAGUGGCAACACCGCACGCGUACGCGACCUCGCGCGCACGCGCCGGCUCCGUUUGCGCGCGCGCACGCAUUGGUUCAUUAUCAGAAAAAGGAAGAUCAACGUCGCUCGUGGAGCUGGAGACCGGAGAACAGUCAUCAUUUUUUUCCUUCUUAAAGCAGUCACCAACCCUCUUGGAUAAUCAUGGAUUUUAUGGAAGGCAUGGAGGAGCGUCUCAGUGAUAUUCGUGGAAUUACGCUUAAGUCACUACUGGAAAACCCAAGUUUUUUACAGCCUCCAACAGGCAAUAACAACGAAAAAGAUGGAAAGAAAGACAAAGAGGCAGGACUCCUUGAUUUGGAUUAUGCAGCAGAGGAUGUGGCCUCUGCCUUCCUUGGCCCUGCCCUGUGGGAGAAGACACCCUAUGAUGACCUCAAGCUGGAGUACAUGGACCUGGAUGAAUUCCUCUCAGAGAAUGGAAUUGCAGUCACAGAAGGAAAGAACAAUAGCAAUGAAAAAGCCCCAGAAAAUGAUGACUCUCAGUCUGAGUAUUUGUUGCCUGUUUCUGAGAUAUCAACCACGGAGGAGAAAUCUUUGUCUUUGAGAGCAGCCUUGAAUAUCCCAUCACCUACUCCAAGCCCUCCACCUAGCAGUCCAGACUCAAUCAGCCCAGAAAUGGUCAUCCCACCAGACAUGAGUCCAGUUAGGGAGCCAAGUCCAGUGCACGUCAAUGUACCAUUUAAUCUGACAGAAACAGAUGUUGCCCUUGCCACCGCACCUGGCCAAGACACAUUUGAUCCAAAGGAUUGCAAUUUCACUGAGGAGGAGCUCAAACCCCAGCCAAUGAUCAAGAAGUCGCGGAAGAUCUAUGUGCCUGAUGAACAGAAGGAUGAUAAGUACUGGGAGAGGCGAAGGAAGAACAAUAUUGCCGCUAAGCGCUCACGAGAUGCAAGGCGCAUCAAAGAAAACCAGAUCGUCAUUCGAGCAGCUUAUUUGGAGAAGGAAAAUGGUGCCCUCAAGGAUGAUGUCCUUGAACUGAAGAAGGAAAAUUCAACACUCAAGAAGAUCAUUGCGAGUUAUGAAAAGCGUCUCAAUGCUUCAAAGAUGGACUAGCCCAUAGUUUCAUCCCAAUAACUGUAAAUUCAUGAAUGGUCAAUGUAAGGAUGGUAAAAACAUUUUUCAGUGUAAUUACAUCAGUUCACUCAGUCUUAGUUGGGAUAUUAAACCUCCUUCCUUCAGAUUUUAGCUGGCAGCUAUUAUUUUGUUUUGAAUCAAUUUGUCCAUGAUGAUACAUUUCAGUCGGACUUUAUUUUCUUCCAUUCAGUCCUUCGAUACUUGUGAUUCCUAUUUCUAGUCCUCAUUGGGUAAUUAUUUUGCGAAUGUGUUCAAUCAAUUGGAAGUAAUUAGAUUUAUAUAAUUUAAAACUGCCUUGGUAUGAUGAAACAUAUGAAUUUAUACAGACACUGUACAAAUUCCACCUGUAGUAUCAUUUUUAAACUUGUCUUUGUACAUGUAACUAGAAAUAAAUUGCCCAUGAAUACAAAUAUUUAGAUUCUUAAGGGGAACGUCAUCUUAGACCAUUGAUUUUUAAAGUCUUUUGUUUACAAAGUGUAAAUGGGUCUGAUGAAUAAAGGCUGGUAAAGGUUGGUGACCUUUGAGGUACAUGUAGGUAGCAGUUCAAUGACAAUCUACCAACUCUCUGAUGCAUGUUGUUCAUAUCUCCUUUCAAGUUCAUUUGUUUGUUUAAAACUCAGUGGUAUCAAUGACUACAAUAUACAUGUACAUGUGUACUCUGAGCUCAAUUAUGGAAUCAAGUAUAAGUGCACUCACUCUUGGGGACAUUCUAAAUAUUUAUAUUCUUGUUGAUUUUGUUCUUGGCAGUACAUGCAUUGCAUUUUUUCCAUUAAAAAAUGAAUGAUUGAUUUUAAGUAUGUGUAUGAUUUCAUUAAUGAUAACAAGAUUGAUAUGACAUGAUAAGGGGGUGAUUCUGAAUAUUUUCUUGCACUAUUUUAAGUUUGUUUCACCCAAUGGUAAGUCAAAUGUUAAUGUUUGAUACACAAGUGACAAGUGUGCACAAGUGUGUGAAAUAAUUAUUUUGUGGCUGGAAUCAUACUACUAUAUAUUUUUAAUGCACGGUAUUGUUAUCAUGAAAACUUUAAAUGUAAUUUCUGUCAAGCCUUGUGCUGUGCAAACAUGUUUAUGUCUAACUAGUAAUGCACAUAAUGAAUUAUAAACAUGUAUUUAUAGUUGUAUUGUUGCACAAUUUUAGGCCUAAACAGUGCAUUAUUCUGCUGGUGAACAUGAAGAGUGGAUUGGGACUUUUUUGGGAAUGCCUAGUAACUUCAGAAUUGAAACCUCAAUUCAGGGGCAACUUAUUUCAGACCAUAGCAAACAAUUUUUUUUGUACAAAAUUGUUUAUUUCAGAUGAUUUAUAACAAGCUUUGGUGUCAAAGCUAAGUGACACGCCUUAUGAAUCUUCAAGUAAUCUAGCUACAGAAGAUAUAACAAAGUAAACAGAUUUGCAUGGGAAAAUGGCAUACUGUAUCUGUGUACCCCUAGCACUUCCUAGUUUGUUAUCACAGGUCACCAAGUCCACAUGUAUAUAAUUAAUAAUUAACAAGGCAUUAGAUAUCUACAUGUACUUUUCCAUGUAUAGUAUACUACAAGGUAAAUGGGUGACUUGGCCUGAGUAACUCAGGAAGCCAGGGUUAUCAGAAGUACAUGUAGGCCUACACCCUCCUUACCCGGUAUUCCUUGUGUGCAUGCCUGCGUACCAUGUAAAACCUUCUAGGACACACACAGUUAGCUCCUGUAAAGGUUAUUUGUCUGGUUAAUUGGCUAUAAUCCCAAGUCUGCCUAUUGUUGAGCACUGUACUGAAAACCUAUUCAGGAUUCAUAAAUAUGCAUAGAAACCAUUGGCAAUGGUAUGCCAAUAUAGUUGAAGCCUAUUUUCAAAAUUUUUACAAAUUUAGUUGAAUUCAUUUGCAUUUUGAGUAUUUAUUUACAUUAAUUGAUACUAAAAUUCAGAUCACAUUUUAAUGAAACUACAAUGUAUGCAUUUAUGUAAACUGUUCACCACUACAUAAUUGGAGAAUGUUCAUUUACUGUAUUCUCCCAUUACACAUUAUGGAGUUUCAGCCAUGUAUUAUUUUAAUACCAGUACUUUAUCUACAGUGUAACAUAUGGGGGUAACGUGUGAUGUAUGUAUACAAACUGAAAACAUAGAUCUUGUAGACAAAUUUGCUAACUAAAAGCAGAGCUGCUUGUAUUGUGUGUGCAAUGUCUUCAUUGCAUUGACAUCGAUCACACUUGAGAAAUUAAAACUAACAAAAACUUCUCUUCUCUUAUAGUGUGAAUUAUGCACAAUUUUUAUCAGAAGUCUAGUUUUUUAUUAGAAGAUUGAGAAUGGUUUCUAAGUUUAAAAUAAUGAUGGAUUAUUUAAAUUUUACUCUUGUACAUGUACAUGUACAUAAAGAGAAUAAAAAGAAAAGUAAUUAAUUGUUCAUUGAUCUACUAGUAUAUGAAAUAAUGAUAAAUUAUACCGUAAUUGAUCAUCAUGACAAAUUAUUUACAAUUAGUAAUAGAUUGAGUUAAAUAUACUCUAUAAAUGGUCUAUACUAGUAAACCAUAGUAAUGUUUACAUGUAAUUAUCACAUGAUGAAUUCAGUAGGAAGUGUAUUGAAGCUUGUUUUGCUUUUGGUCAUUUGAGAGACUGGAAUAUAAAAAGAUGUAAUAAAAGUGUACAAGUUUUAUUCAAUGGCUCACUAUCAUAAUGUGCCUUGUUUGGAGUGAAAACACACACACAAAAAUCACAGGAUACUCCUAUCAAGGUUAGGUAUAUGUAGCUCAUGUUCAAUUUGGAUGCAUGCAUCAUGGAAACAUGAUAAAUAUUGCCUAUUCACUCACAUGCAUGGGAAAUCUGUCAUGCCUAUAAAUGAUAAUGGCCUUCAGUCAUGAGUGACAAUCAUGUUUCACAUAGCCAACUUAUGUGUUUAAUGUAGGCAUAUGAUACUUUGUAAUUUUUGUAAAUGUAUAUUGGACAUGCUGUUACUGUAAUUGUGUUCAGACUCCGUGAGCUUGUUAUCCAGACUUUGGUUGUCUCCUAUAGUUACUUCUACAAUUAAGUAAUUGGAUAAACUGCGCUGCACUCAAUGUGGGUUAAACUGCAUCAAAUGGUAAUUUAAAACAAAAAUACAUGUAGAUGCAUUUUGAUGUUGGGGUCUUGGGGAACAUGACGUCACAGAGUUAUUAAGUUUAAUUGAAAAUGACUGCUAAAUCCGUUUUGGUUUUAGCUGGUAACUUUUUUAAAACAUGAAAGAAUAAAUAGGGCUUUGUAUAAUGAGUCAAAUUUGUCUCAGGUAUUGUAUAUAUUUUAAAGUGAACUUUAUCAAACUAAAAUAUGUGUGUGUGUUAGUUCAUAGAGACAGAUAUUGAUAGAACUACAUUUAUAAGGUGUCACUUUUGAACUUCACGAAUAAUUUCACUUAUUUUCAUUAUUUCAAGUUUCCUGAAUUAUUCUUGACCAUUAUUUACAUUUGCUUUAACCAGUUUUUACUGCUUAAUGAAUUGACUUUUAAUAUCAAGAUGAUCAUACCCUUUUAAAACAUUUUAUAACAUGAUGUCCCGCAAAAAAACAUCUGGGUCUUUUUUUAUUUUUUACAAAUACAAAUUGCGCCUUUGAAUGUCUUUGACAAAACCCCUAGUGCAAAGUGACCUUUUCUGGUGUGUUUGCAUGUAUUCAUCUAUAUUUAGCAAUUAAUCACAUGAAUGUUCAUCAUUAAGAAUAUAUCAUUCAUGGAAAGUGUUUUUUCCACAAUCCAUAUUUGAUUCUUUAUCAAAACUCUGCUAGAAUGCAUAGCUGCCCAACCCCUUAAAACCCAUUUCUCAGCUGAUCUUGGCUAAUUAUCUUUGGUCUUGCUGGAGUUUCCUGUGUUCGAAAAGAAAAAUGUGAUCAUAUCGCACAAACCAAUUACCUUGUGUAUUGUAAUAGAGGAGUACUUGUAAAUCUAAUCCAGUUCUAGUUCUAUCAAUGACUGUAUUCAUUGUCAUAACAUGUAUAUUGUAUAUAAUAAAUGUAGCAUAUUAUGAUGUGAAGUUGAAUUAAUGUUUAGCCAUGAAGAUGGAUACUCUUUUUUUCCUGUCAGGAGUGGUAAUGGAACAAAGAAAGCCUAGUCAUUGGGUUAUAUGUGUAUAUACAGAGAUGUAUUUUGCUAAGCUUGACUAUGAUGUGGAAAGUAUAUAUAAAUAUAUUCAUGUAUAUGGCA